UUCAACCAUUAGCUUCUUGAGAGAGAGAGAGAGAAAAUUAAGGAAAGGGGGAAGCCCUUGCAUUUCUCAUGAACUGCAGAGUCGUUUUGGGUUUCUAUUGUUGGGGUUGGGAGUUCUUAACUGCAUGCCCUUCUUCUCUUCUCCGCUUAUCAUUCUUAACCUUCUUCUUCUUCUUCUGGUACUUGAAGUAAGAAAUUAAGAUCAAAAUCCUCUAAUCUUCUAGUCCUCUCUGAUCUUUCUCUCUCUCUCUCUCUCUCUCUCUCUCUCUCUCUCUAGCUCAAAAGUUCCAUCAAUAAUUAUAUUAUAUUAAUGGUGGAGGGCGGUGUGUGUGAAAAGGGUUUGUUAAUGGAAUAUGUGAGGAAGUCAAGUCCACCACCAUUCUUGCUGAAGACGUACGUACUGGUGGAGGAUCCGGCGACGGACGAGGUGAUAUCGUGGAACACGGAGGGAACGGCGUUUGUGGUGUGGCAGCCGGCGGAGUUUGCCCGUGAUCUCCUCCCCACACUUUUCAAGCAUAGCAACUUCUCCAGCUUUGUCCGCCAGCUCAAUACCUAUGGUUUUCGGAAAAUUGCGACAAACCGGUGGGAGUUUUACAACGACCUGUUCAGAAAGGGUGAGAAAGAGUUACUAUGUGAUAUCCGUCGAAGAAAACCGUGGGUCAGCAAGCAACAUGAAGUGAUACUGAAUCAAGACCAUGCAGACUACUGUGAUGAAGAUCAAAGAUCUUCAUCGACUUCAUCAUCGUGGUAUGGUACUCUUGUCGACGAAAACAAACGUCUCAAGAAGGAGAAUGUGGACUUGAAUUCCGAGCUUAAAAGCAUGAAAAAGAAGUGCAAUGAGCUUCUUGAUUUGGUGGCUAAGUAUGCAAAAUCAGAGAAAGAAGAAGAUGAUGAAGAUGAAAGGGCGCCCAAGUUGUUUGGAGUGAGACUGCUGGAAGUCCAAGGAGAUAAGAGGAAGAGGAGGGAGAUGCUGAAGAGAAAAAGGGCAGAGAUUAGUGAAAGCGCAAGCAUUUUGCUUUCUCAAUCAUGCAAAUAAAUAAAUGAAUUAAAGUGGUAUUAGGCUAUUAGCUACUUAAAAAGUAAGUGGCUUUUAGAACAUACAGAAUAUGUUAGUGAGAAAAAGAAGAAGAAAAAUAGCUUAGACUAAGGCACUAUAUAUGUCUAAUCAUGUAUUAUAGAGCUAGCAAACGAACUAUGAAGACAGUUCAAGCAGCAUAUGUAAGUAAAUUUGAUUAAACGGGCACAAGCCUGUUAUAUAUAAACGUUUAUGGUUUGAAAUGUGACACGUCUCUCUCAAUCUGUUGAUGAUAACUCA